AGAAAAUCACGCGCUAAGACGGGGGAGUAUUAACAACAGACUGAAUAGGAUUCAAACCGCCCUACCCCCCACCCCGCGCGCACUCCUUCUUGCUCUCUCCCUCACUCUGCAAAUUUUUGAUAAAUUUUGAAUAGUUUCAGUUUGUGGGAUUUAUUGUACUGAAAGAAGAUGUCGGCGAUGAAAUCAAAUUCAUCGGGCCGAUUUUUCACGAUUGGGUUAGUAGCAGCGUGGUACUCAACGAACAUUGGAGUUUUGCUUUUGAACAAAUAUUUGUUGAGCAAUUAUGGAUUCAAGUAUCCGAUUUUCUUAACCAUGUGCCACAUGACGGCUUGCUCGUUGUUCAGCUACAUAGCGAUCGUGUGGAUGAAGAUGGUCCCGAUGCAGACCAUAAGAUCUAGGGUUCAGUUUAUGAAGAUCUCAGCAUUAAGCCUUGUGUUUUGUGGGUCUGUUGUUAGCGGGAACGUUUCGCUUAGGUAUUUACCUGUGAGCUUUAACCAGGCGAUUGGGGCCACCACGCCUUUUUUCACUGCGGUGUUCGCGUAUUUGAUGACGUUGAAAAGGGAGGCAUGGUUGACUUAUGUGACUUUGAUUCCAGUUGUCACAGGAGUCGUAAUUGCUAGCGGGGUAUGUAUUUACAUUUUGUUUGGAUUAUGGAGAUAUGUUGGAUUUUUGCUUGUCUUGUUUUGUAAAUCGAGAUGUUGUUUUGUUGAAUUGAAUGUGUCUUUGUUUGUUUUGGGUGUUUCCAUUGAACUCUGUGGAUCUGGCAUGAUGAUUUUUGUUUGAUGUUGAAGUAUUUUGAUUGGUCUAACUGAAGUUCUAGGUGGUAAUUGGCGUGAACCAAUUAUGAUUUUGUUUAUCGGGUGGCGGGGUUUCUUGUACUGUCGAAAAACAAUGAUCAGAAAAUUAUGUUUCUGAUAAUCUGUUAUCAAGAUAAGUAGGGGAAAUGUCGAAUGAAGGACUAUGUUCUGUAUGCUGUGUCGAUAAAAAA